AUGUUCUCCCUGAUCUCCGGGUUCGUGGAGGUCAUGCUGAGAAAGGAGGAGUUCCACAUCCUAGUCAUCGGCCUCGACAAGGCAGGCAAGACGAAUGUGGUGGAGCGCCUAAAAACGCUCCAAACAGACGCCGUCGGCCUCGAGCCCGCCCGCAUCGUCCCCACCGUCGGCCUCAACGUCGCCCGCAUGGAGGCGUUUGGCGCCAACCUCGUUUUCUGGGACCUCGGGGGCGCGCCCGGGCUCCGCGCGAUCUGGGACAAGUACUAUGCAGACUCCCACGCGGUCCUCUUUGUCGUCGACGCGGCGGCGCGGGACCGAUUAGAUGAGGCAAAGGCGGCGUUCGACAGGGCGCUGGCGUCUCGCGAUUUGGGGGGCGCCCCGGUGCUGCUGCUUGGCAAUAAGCAGGACUUGGAGGGCGCGGAGGGGUUGUCAGAGUUGGCGGAGCGCUUCGGCCUGACCGGCGCCGCCGCCGCCGCCGACGCGCGCGCGCGCGGCGCGCCGUGCACCGCGCAGCCCGCGUCGGCGCACACGGGGGCGGGGCUGAGCGACGGGAUGAAGUGGCUGGUGGAGGCACUGAAGCGGAGCCCGCGGCGGCGGCUGGUGGCACGCGCAUCUUGA